UAACACUUUUAUUUCCGGGGUUAAAGCAGCCGCCAUAUCUGAAUGCGCUUUAAACACACAGACAUGUUUAUGUUUAGCCAGUUCAGAAAUACAGCACGAAAAACUAUAUAGUGCUUAAAUAUUACACAAUAGACGUCCAACAGACAGACUAUAAAGAUGUCGUUGGUGGAUUUGGGAAAGCGUCUUUUAGAAGCAGCUCGGAAUGGUCUUGAUGACGAGGUCAGGACGCUGAUGGCCAACGGAGCUCCGUUCACCACUGACUGGCUUGGAACUUCUCCAUUACAUUUAGCAGCCCAGCAUGGUCAUUACUCCACUGCUGAAGUCCUGCUGAGGGCGGGUGUCAGCAGAGAUGCCCGAACCAAAGUGGACAGGACCCCACUGCACAUGGCUGCUACAGAGGGCCAUGAGGUCAUUGUGGAUUUAUUAAUCAGGAGUGGUGCCGACAUCAAUGCCAAAGACAUGUUGAAGAUGACCGCUCUUCACUGGGCAGCCCAGCAUGGCCAUCACAACGUCGCAGAGCUGUUGAUCAAACAUGGUGCUGAUGUUCAUGCCCUCAGCAAGUUUGACAAGUCAGCUUUUGAUAUCGCUGUCGACAUUCAACAUGCAGAACUUAUACACCUGUUACAGGAGGGAAUGCAGAAUCAGGUGAACAGGAAUGCCGAAGCGUCAAUUGUAAAUGGGAGCUCCACCCCACAAUUCAUCAUUCAGGGUGUCCCAAACCUCCAAGGGGGAGUCGUCAACCUCACUGACUUGAUCAAAGCCAACUCGGGUGACACAGAAGAGGCCAUAGCUGUCAGUGCCUUGGACUCAAGUAUUCAACAAGUGGUGAAUGAAUCGGGUCAGAGGGUCAUAACCAUAUUAACAGAUCAACAUGGAAACCUGCAGACAAAUGGACUCGGCCAACCAUUCUUUGUCACAAUGCAGGAUGGACGACAAGUAUUGGCAGUUCCAGCCAAUCAAAUCACAGAGGAAGUGGUAGAGGACUCCGAACCUCCUGCUCGUAAAAGGAAAAUUGAAGUUUCAUCCAAUAAUUCAGAGACUGGUGAAACGGAGCAUCUUCAAUGGCAGUUACAGGAAGCUAACAGAAAAGCUCAAGCUUAUCGUCAGCAAUUGCUCCGCAAAGAGCAGGAAGCCGAGGGAUACCGCAUGAAACUGGAGGCCAUGUCAAACGGACAGACCAACGGCACCACGGCUCUGGACCAGGAGCACAUCGUGUUUGUGCAGGAGGAGGUCGGUAUCGAAGAAACAACGGAGGGAGAAGAAGAAGUUGUCAUGUUUUCAGAAGGUGGCGUAGUCAUCAAAACAGAAGAAAUCGAUUCUGCGGACGAGCAGAUCACUCUAGUGGAAGCCACGGCGGGUCACACAGAAGUCAUCUCAUAAAAGAGCACCCAAGAGCGUGGACUCAAUCCUCGAGCAACCAAAGAGUGCUUCAGCACGGUUUUUGGUUUGGUUCCUUUUGAUUUUCAGCAAUUAAGUCCUUUUUGUAAUUUAUUUCCUUGUUCUGUUUUGGUUAAUGUUUCUUGCUUCAAAAAUGAAAGUUCACAAAGAAACAACCACAAUGUGCAUCAUAUGCACACACACACGACCAGCGAAGACGAUUCUUUCUGGGAGUCUGUAUCUGCAGUGUCCUGAAAAGUGGUCACCCAUCAUUUGUCCCAGAUGGGGUUCUUCAAAACAGCUGGAAAAGAUUCACUCAGGAUGGAACUCUUUGCAAACUGCAUGUCUUUUGAGCUCCCCUAGAAAUGUAGCUGCCUUAUUCAGCCAAUUAGUUUCUUUGCUUUUUCAAAUUAAACAUUGAAAAUUCAUCUCAGAGUGCAGCAGUGUUAUGUGUUCUAUGCAUUGGAAAUAAAAUAAUGCACCAGUUUCAAGAAUUUAAUUUGUAGGCGAUCUGUAUUUUAUUUUAUUUUUUUGUUUUUUCUGCUGGACCAUUUAAAAACUGUAGGUCAAUUAAAAGUGCCUUGGUGUAUGUUUGGUCAUGUUUAGUUUUCAUACAUAAAGGAGUUUUUACAUAAAGGAUUCUCCAUGAAUUGUUGCAUAUAGUAUUUGUUUAAAUGGGUAUAAAGCAUAGUUCCCAUUCAUUGAACAUUUUAACUCACAUUCCUUGUGUAAUGUACCGGUAUUUUUUUUUUCUUUCUCUCAAUAUGUAUAAUAUGUUAUGUUUUAGUUACGUUGAAUCUUAAGUUGAGAGCUCUUGUUCACAAUGACAGUUAAAGAGAUAGUUCACCCAAAAAAUUCUGUCAUCAUUUACUCACCCUCAAGUUGUUCCAAACCUGUAUGAGUUUCUUUCUUCUGCUGAACACAAAAGAAGAUAUUUUGAAGAAUGUCGGCAACCAGAAAGUUGAUGGACCCCAUUGACCUCAAUAGCAUAGUAUGGAAAAAAUACUAUGGAAGUCAAUAGGGACCAUCAAAUGUCUUGUUACCUACAUUCUUCAAAAUAUCUUCUUUUUUGUUCAGCAGAAAUGUAUACAGGUUUGGAACAACUUGAGGUUGAGUUAAUUACAUAAUUUAAAUUUUUGGGUGAACUGUCCCUUUAACAGCGCUUUCACAAAUGUAAAAAUUUCAGUAUCAGGGUUUUGUAUCUGUCUAGCUAGCCUUUAUGUGUAAUGUUAUCUCCCUGAGCUAAUCAGUUGUUUUUGAGGCACAUUAUAAUCUGAGAUAUUGAUAUAUACAUUAGAUGGCAAGAGCGCGACUUUUAAAUUGAAUCCAAUUUUGUGCUAUAUAACAAACAAUAGUGACAGUAAAUGAAGUGUGUGAAGGACAUAAUUGUAGUAACCGCAGAAGGAAUGAUCAGUUUUAACCAGUUUUGAUCACUUCUCACAUAGGAAAUAUGUAAUUAUUUUCUUUUUAAAACAUUCAUAAAUUGUGAAUGUUUUCUUUUAUUUUUAUGUAAAGACAUCACCGUCCUCGCAUUGUAUAAAUGAACCACAGUAAUAUACUGGCACUACAAUUUAUGGACCUACACUGGUGAAAAUGCAAAAUCUUGAGUUUAGAGUUCCCCCACUUGUGUUAUAUGCUUAAAUGAUGUAUAAAGCUUUUGACUUAUUUUUGAUUAAAAAUGUUGCAAAUAUCAA